AUGACUAAUAUGAAUUCAUGGAACUUGUUACAAAAGUAUUAUGAUGAAAAAGGGAAAAGUCUUUUAGUUAAAGAUCUUUUUGAAUUGGAUGAAAAGAGAUUUGAAAAAUUUUCUAAAGAGUUUGGUAAUUCUCAGGAUGAUUAUAUUUUAUUUGAUUUUUCAAAAAACAUUAUUGAUGAUGAGUUGUUUAAAUUACUGAUCCAAUUGGCAAAGGAUGCGGAUAUAGAAGGACUUAGAGAUAAAAUGUUUUCAGGAGAACGUAUUAAUUUUACUGAAAAUAGAUCUGUUUAUCAUGUUGCUCUUCGUAAUACUUCAAGAAAAAGAAUGGAAGUUGAUGGAAAAGAUGUUUCUAUUGAUGUUUAUUCUGUUCUUCAACAUAUGAGAGAAUUCUCUGAAAAGGUUAGAUCUGGCGAAUGGAAAGGUUAUACAGGGAAAUCUAUUAAAACAAUUAUCAAUAUAGGUAUUGGUGGUUCUGAUCUUGGCCCUUAUAUGGUUACUGAAGCAUUAAAGCCGUAUUCUUUAAGAAGUCUUCAAUUAUAUUAUGUUAGUAAUAUUGAUGGAACUCAUAUCUCAGAAAUUUUAAGACUAUGUGAUCCCGAAACUACUUUAUUUUUGAUAGCGUCAAAGACCUUUACUACUUUAGAAACAAUUACUAAUGCAGAAACUGCUAAAAAAUGGUUUUUAGAUUCAUCAAAAAAUAAAGAACAUAUUUCUAAACAUUUUGUUGCAUUAUCUACAAAUGAAAAGGAAGUUAUUGCUUUUGGUAUUGAUCCUAAGAAUAUGUUUGAGUUUUUUGAUUGGGUUGGUGGUCGAUAUUCAAUAUGGUCUGCUAUUGGUCUUUCUGUUGUUUUAUAUAUUGGCUUUGAUAAUUUUUGGCAAUUUCUUGAAGGGGCGCAUGCUAUGGAUAAUCAUUUUCUUGAAACACCACUUGAAAAUAAUAUUCCAAUAAUUGGGGGGCUUCUGUCUGUAUGGUAUUCCAAUUUUUUUGGAGCACAGACACGUCUUGUUUGUCCUUUUGAUCAAUAUUUACACAUGCUUCCAAAAUAUUUGCAACAGCUUUUUAUGGAAUCUAAUGGAAAAUCUGUUACUCAUACAGGUGAAAAAGUUGAUUAUACUACUGGAACUAUUUUGUUUGGGGAGCCUGCUACAAAUUCUCAACAUUCUUUUUUUCAAUUACUUCAUCAAGGAACUAGACUUAUUCCUGCUGAUUUUAUUAUGGCUAUAAACUCUCAUAAUCCUAUUGAGGAAAAUAAACAUCAAUUAAUGCUCGCAUCAAAUUUUUUUGCUCAAUCAGAGGCUCUUAUGAUAGGAAAAACAUUUAAAGAAGUUGAAGCUGAUGGAACAUGUUCAAGAUUAGUGCCUCAUAAAAUAUUUCCUGGUAAUAGACCAACAACAAGUAUAUUGCUUGAGAAAAUUACACCGAAGACUCUUGGGGCUCUUAUCGUUUAUUAUGAACAUUUGGUAUUUACUGAGGGAGCAAUAUGGAAUAUUAAUAGCUUUGAUCAAUUUGGAGUUGAACUUGGAAAAAUUCUUGCAAAAGAAAUAUAUCAAGAACUACUUACCAAUGAAUAUUCAACUAGUAAUAAUGCAUCAACAAGAAAUUUGAUAAAUAUUUUUAAGAUGAGAUCAUUUUACAGUAUUUAA